GACAGGGAGGCUGGUGAAUGAAAACCGAAAAGACGAAGAAAACCGCGCGGUUGCAAGUCCCUCUCCGACGCUGACUCGCCGACUCCCGCCUGGUCACCACCGUCAUAGACCGCGCCGGACAGCCCAGUUCCGUUCCAUCCCAUCCACCGCGCGGUGCUCCUCCCUGUCCCUCAGAAAAAAAGGCGCACGGUUCGCGCGUCCCAUUUCACUUGUUCCCUCGCACCGGCACUGCUCCCUCCACCUUACUCUGUCGGUUACACCUCUGCCUCUCCCUCUCCCCUUGCCGGCCGGUUUUCUCCGUCCGUGCCCAUGGCCAUGGCCAUGGCAGAGUGGUGGGCUGCGGCGACGGAGGCCGUCGCGGUGUACACUGGGUUGACUCCUACGGCGUUCUUCACGGCCGUGGCUGUGGCCGCGGCGCUGUACGUCGCGGUUUCAGGACUGUUUGCGCGGCCGGCGCAGACGUCAUCGAGGAGGCAGGAGGAGGCGGCGGAGGAGAGGACCUUCGAACCACUGCCGCCGCCGGUGCAGCUCGGCGAGGUGACAGAGGAGGAGCUCCGAGCUUACGAUGGGUCCGACCCCAAGAAACCGCUGCUCAUGGCCAUCAAGGGCCAAAUCUACGACGUCACGCAGAGCAGGAUAUUUUAUGGACCUGGUGGCCCGUACGCAUCGUUCGCUGGCAGAGAUGCGAGUAGGGCUUUGGCAAAGAUGUCAUUUGAAGCAAGUGACUUAACUGGUGACAUUUCAGGGUUAGGUCCAUUGGAGGUUGAGGCCUUGCAAGAAUGGGAGUACAAAUUCAAGAGUAAGUAUGUUACAGUUGGAAUAAUCAAGAAGACUGUUCCAUUCUCAGAGGGAGAUGCUGCAAGGAGCGAUGUGACAACUGAAAGAGACAUAGUUGCAGGCAUUGUUGAAAGCAACAGUGUGCCAGAACCAGAGGAAACUGGAAUGACAAACCAAGGGAGUGUAGUAGAGAAGAUAACAGAAUCACCAGACAUCGAUGUUAACACAAGCAGCCAUGAAGAUGCAAAGAAGGCAAAGGAAUUGCCAGAUCCAGAUGUGACAAAUACGAGCAGCCAAGCUGAUGCAGUGGACAAGCCAGAGGAAAUCCCAAAUGCAGUUGUAAAGAACAGGAGAAGCAUUGAAGGUGCAAUUGAGGCAAAAGAAACACCUCAGGUAGAGGAUGGGAAAGAUACAUAUCAACCUGAAGACGCAACAGAGAAGCCAAAUGAAGCAACAGAUGUCGUAGAUUUGAAGAACACAGCCAGCCAUGAGGAUGCUAAGCAACCAAAGAAAACCCGGAAUGAAGAUGAAAAGGAUGUAAGCAGCCAUCAACAUGGUGAUGAGAAUCCAAAAGAAACUUCAAAUGUAGAAGUCAAGAAUGCAUAGAGCUGCCCUGUUGCUGGGAAGCUUUCUGGCUGUCUGGUAGUUAACAUAAUAAAUUGUAAUGCACAUUGUGGCCUGUAUUCAGUUGUGAAUCAUAGUAUGGAGUAUAAUUAUAAUUGAAAUAAGAUGAUGAUGAUGAUAACAAUAAUUAUAAUGAAGGUACACAUUGGGUCUUAACCAAAA